AUGUCCGAAACGGAGACGAAGGCGACCGAUCGCCAGCGACAGCUCUCUGCUUCCACGACGGAGCCCAUGAGCAGGAACACGACCGAGGAGCGAAGCCCCGCUUUCGUGCGGCUCGACAGUUGGGAAGACGACCACGAUGGCCUGGUCUCGCUCGAGUCCUCCUUCACCCUGUCGGAGGCUGUGGUGGGUUUCUCGAGGAUUUGUCCUUCUAAGUGGCCUUUCUGGGAUACCUCCAGGUAUGAGUUGAUGCGCGUGCUCCGUGCUGCAUCCAAAAGUUGGCCGUGUCAAAUCGAGAUCCAUUUCGAUACCUUGGAGAAGAGGACCGUGGCCGUGAAGCGAUUUGCGGCCACAUGGAUCCAGGCGCAAACCAACUUGCAGGAGAUCUUCUUGCUGGAGAAAGCGGGCGGUGUGAACUUCACGAAGAGCGAUGCUGCUCUGGGUGCCUUCCAGGACGCGCAGAGCGGUGAGGUCCUCUUGCUCUGCGACCAGGAGCUCCAGGAAUGCCUGUUCGACCACUGCGCCAAGAUGGGACCACCUGGACCUGCCCGUGAGGAAGAAGCCCUCCGCAUUCUGAGGUCUUUGCUGCAAGUGGCCAAAGAUUUGGAGAAGCCGCACGGGAGGAUCCGUGCGGAGAGCGUUUGGCUGUCUGAGAUGACCACGAGCCACUCCUUCAAGGUCUUGCUGUCAGACUUCGGUUCCAUUGAAGAGAAAGGUGAAGCGGUGUUUCUGAGUGAGUCGGAUUCGUUGGCCUCGGAUCUCUUCUCGUGUGGGGUGCUGGGCUAUGCCCUUGCGAUGGGCCGAUACCCUUGGUUCAGCACCAUGCCUGGGAAGUGCAAGGCGUUCGCCUUCGUUCGAGCCAACGGCAUCCGCUCCUUCCUGGCCGACCGACGUUGUCCCGCGUCCAAGGAGGGCCGCAUGUCCGAGGAGUACAAGGAAAUCCUGAGCUGCCUGUUGGAGAUAGACCCAUGUCUCCGACAGCAACAGUCAAUGUCAUUCUGA